AUUGACAGCAUUGACGCAAAGCCGAAGUCUGAUGGUGCAACAUUGUGGUGUUAAAAUAGCUCAAAACUGUUUAUAUUUAGCAUGACGUCAUAAAAAUUGUAUAUAAACUCAAUCAAGAAAUCAAAAUGGGCAUACUUACGUCAAUCAACAACAAGCAAGAGAAAGAUAAGAAAAGACAAAAGAAAAGAGAAGAUUUAAUCAAUGGCUGUAGCUUGUGAAGAAUCUUACAACACACUAUUUUCAUCAAAUAUGAAUCCUGAUCAUCAAAUGUACAAUAACCACCAGUUCCAUCAAACACAGCAAGGGUACUUUGAUCCUUCACAGUUGUAUUAUCCAGGGCCUGCUCAACAAUUUCCUCCAAGUCCAAUUUUUCAACCAUUUCACUACGCUGGCACACCUCAAUUUUUCCCACCUUCGCAAAACCAUAGUAAUAAUUCUCUUGGUGGACCACAACUACAUUUUUAUGGCCAGGAAAUGAACCAGCCAGUUAGCAAUAAUAGAGGUCGAGGAGGCAGAAGAGGAGGUGGAGCAAGGGGGAAGGGGAGACAGUACAACGAUCCCCAAAAUUUUCCAAAAGAUCGCCCCAAUAAACCCCCGAAACAAGAGGCACCAGUUGUUGAAAAAUCCGAUGCAGUUGAUGAAUAUUUACAAAGUUAUAUAGAUGGAGCAUUUGAUUAUGAUGAACAUGUAGAAACAGAUUCUAAAAGUAAGUCAAAACAGGCACCAAAUCAACAAAGAAAUAAUAGUUAUCGUCAUGGAGAAAGUAAAUUUGACAGGGGAGGUAAUGAAAGAGGAGCUAAUAAUCAACGUCAGAAUUAUGACAGGGAAAAUGUUGAAAACAAUGAUCCACGUUAUUCUUAUGGUAACCGAGGAGGACGGGGCAGAGGAAGACAUGAAGGGUCAAGGUCAAAUUAUGAUCAAGACAGAAGAUCAUUUAGUUCAAGAAAUAGAAACGAUAACGUAGAUAGAGGAAAAGAUCCCAAAACUAAUGAGAGAAGAAAUGGAGGAAAGUUUGAUAAAAAAGUAGAAAAUGCCAAUGAAAGUGCUUACCAUGAUCAAAACAAAGGAGAUCAUAGCGGAGAAAAUAAAAAAGAUUAUAGGGACAAAUACACCAAUGAGAGAAGAAAUGGAGGAAAGUUUGAUAAAAAAGUAGAAAAUGCCAAUGAAAGUGCUUACCAUGAUCAAAACAAAGGAGAUCAUAGCGGAGAAAAUAAAAAAGAUUAUAGGGACAAAUACACCAAUGAGAGAAGAAAUGGAGGAAAGUUUGAUAAAAAAGUAGAAAAUGUCAAUGAAAGUGCUUACCAUGAUCAAAACAAUGGAGAUCAUAGCGGAGAAAAUAAAAAAGAUUAUAGGGACAAAUACACAAAACCUGAUGAGAGGCAGCAGUUGAACAGUAGAAGAGGUGAGAGGUCAGGAAGGGGAAGACAGUCCAAUCAGGGACAUUCAUUUCAGGGUAGACAAUAUGAUGAUGAUUAUGAUCCACAGAACGAUAACGCUUCAGAUAACACUUUCAAGGAUAAAAAUAGACAAAUGCAUCCAAACCGUGAUAAAUACCGCAUGCCAAGGACUGGGUCAAGAGGUCAAGGUCAGCGAUAUGUAGCCCGGACACUUUCUGGAAAGGUGGAUGAGAGUCAAAGAGGUGUUUUGAUUGAUCAGCUGACCAACAAUUCCUAUGAAUGUAUGGUGUGUUGUGAGACGGUUCGUUGCCAGAAUGCUGUAUGGAACUGUUCCAACUGUUUCCAUGUGUUUCAUCUACGCUGUGUCAAGAAAUGGGCAAGGUCUUCUGCGGCUGUUGAUGAAAGUGAAGAGAGUGGAUGGCGAUGUCCAGCCUGCCAGAACAAAUGUGACAAGUUCCCAUCCCAGUAUAGAUGUUUCUGUGGCAAAGUGAGAGACCCGGACUUUAAUCGGAUGGAAAUCCCACACAGUUGUGGGGAGAUGUGUAGUAAGAAAAGGGCAGAUAACUGUCCGCACCCUUGUAACAUUUUAUGCCACCCUGGUCCAUGUCCGCCAUGUAAUGCUGUCAUCAGUCGUUCCUGUGAUUGUGGAAAAACCACCCAGACUAUGAAAUGCAGUGCCAUGCAGAUCAUCAAGUGUGAGGAGAAAUGUAAUAAGCAGCUCAAUUGUGGCAAACAUUUCUGUAAGAUCACCUGCCACGCAGGGUCAUGUUCAAUGUGUGAGGAGGUCAUUGUACAAGAAUGCUAUAAGGGUCACACCAGUAGGGAAGUUAUUUGUGGAACAAAGGCCUCUUUCCAGUCCUCCUUCAGCUGUAACUCGCCAUGUCAAAAGACCCUGGAAUGUGGUAAUCACACAUGUGAAGAGAUUUGUCAUGAAGGCCCCUGUUCCCCGUGUAGUCUUUCCCCAUCAGCAGUGAUCACUUGUCCGUGUGGCGCCACCCCACUUACAGACCUCAGUUCUACUCCAAGGAUCAGCUGUCUCGACCCUAUCCCCACUUGUGGUGCUAUUUGUAACAAGACUUUGAACUGUGGACCUCCAGACAAUCAUCAUAUCUGUAAGCUGCCAUGUCACGAAGGUGCAUGUGGGGCUUGCCCAGGAGAAACACUCCUCAAAUGUCGAUGUGGUACACUAGAGAAGAAUUUUCCCUGCACAGAGGCUCACAACAUCACUGAGGAGAAUCCAUUCCACUGUGAUAAGCGCUGUAAUAAGAAGAGGCAGUGUGGGCGCCACAAGUGUGGACAGAUGUGUUGUGUGCUUGAAAAGGAGAAUCACUUCUGUGACUUAAUCUGUGGGAAGAAGCUGCCGUGUGGCCUCCACAAAUGUGACGAGCCUUGUCACCGUGGCAACUGUCCUCCCUGUCUUUUAGCAAGUUUUGAGGAGCUGACUUGUUACUGUGGCAGUGAGGUACUAUUCCCGCCGGUCCCGUGCGGUGCCCGACCACCUGAAUGCUUCAAGAAAUGUACACGGACACACACCUGCUCCCACCCAGUGCGUCAUAACUGCCACAGUGAUGAGAGUUGCCCCCCUUGUACGGAGCUUACACAGAAGUACUGCAUGGGAAAACAUGAGUUGAGGAAAAACAUCCCUUGCCACAUCAACGAUAUCAGCUGUGGUCUGCCAUGUGAUAAAACACUACCUUGUGGUAAACACAAGUGUAUCCGCACCUGUCACAAGGGAGAGUGCCAGGAGGAUGGCAAGAGUUGUGUCCAGCCCUGUACUACCCCUCGGUCAGUCUGUGGUCACCCAUGUGGUGUACCGUGCCACAGUGGUCAAGACUGCCCUGCCGUCCCAUGUAAAGCAGAGAUCAUCAUUAAGUGCCCGUGUGGAAGGAAGACAGCCCGACAAUUCUGUAUGGCUGGUGGUUUGACUCCUGAGCUAGAGGAGUAUCAGAAGAUUACCGUACAGACCCUAGCCAGCACCGUUGGUUCUGGUCAGUCAGUGGAUAUCUCCAACUUAACAUCAGCAGCCAAGAAAGUCAGCAAGCGACAACUGGAAUGUGAUGGAGAAUGCGCCAUCAUGGAGAGGAACAGAAGAAUGGCACUAGUUCUGGAGAUAAAAAAUCCCGACCUCAGUUCUAAACUUGGUAACCCAUCAUACAAUGACUUCCUCAAAGAAUAUGCCAGAACAAACCCACAGAAUGUUGCUUCCAUUGACAAGGCUUUCUCUAGUCUGGUCCAGAAUGCUAAAGGGUCCAAACAUCCUCACCGUUCCCACCAGUUCCCUCCCAUGAACAGAGAUCAACGACGAGUUGUACAUGAGUUAGCAGAGUUCUACGGCUGUAACACACAGAGUUAUGAUACUGAACCCAAGAAGAAUGUCGUAGCUACAGCAUACAAGGAAAAGUGUUGGUUGCCUUCGGUUACUUUGACUGCUUUGAUACAGAGGGAACUACACCCUAAAGCUCCAACCCCUAUCCCUCACGUUCAUGAUGAGGAAGCCCUUAGGAAAUCAGCAUCUGCAGCCAAACAAAGCACCUCCCUACUACCAGGACAAUCCACGAAACCUGUGGCAUGGGCUUCAAGGGAGACUACCCACACUGUACUCAAAAAGAAUACGAAAGCAGAGAAACAAAUUGAUUAUUUUGAUUUUUCUGUAGAUUGAUACAUAAACAAAAUGUACCUAACAUUUAAACUUUUUUUUUUGUACAUGUGUAUAUUCUUGCUGGACAACUUAAGGUCCUUUAUAUAUAAUUAGUUUGCACUACUGUUAAUUCUCAUUAUGAUUGGUCUUGAUUGGCUCUCUUUAAUACCAUGUGUGAAUCAAAAUGUCUGACGCAUGAGAAUAGAUGUCUCUUAAAUGAUCUUUUAUGGAAGAAUAUUUGACUUUAAAGAAUCCACAUAAAUUUUGAAAGUGAUAGGAAAGUUAAGUAAAUUUGUAAUUGGAGUAUUAAAAUUGUUUUUUAUUUGUUAUUAUUGACUUGAAAUUAUUGGAUGUUUAAAAAUAACAUAUACAGGAUUAGUGCUAAAUUUGUCUUUAUGACAGCAGUGUGUAUGUAGAGAGUGUGCCUUUUGGUGUCGUUUUCAGCAUUUGAUCACCUAUCCAUGAUAAUUUAAGUGCCUAAUGGUUAUAAAGGUCAGGAUAGUUUAGUAUGUGUGUUAUUAUAAACCAGAGUGGCAUGAAAUAUCAAUCUAAUAAAAAAACACUUGGACCUUUUGUUUUGUAAAAAAAUGUCAAUCUAAUAAAAAACAGAUUUGGACCUUUUGUUUUGUCAUUUUCAAAAGAAAUGAUUUGUACAUGUCUAGAAAUAUCUUAAUGUGAUAGAUAUUACAGUGCUUUUCCUGAUCUACAUGUACUAGCAUGUAUCAUUUAGAAGUGAAAACAAUGAUCAGUUUUCACAGAACUUUCUGGAUCUUGUGUAGUGUUUCGUUAUAUUUUACCAGUAAAAACACAAAUUUACCCCAGGUAAUGUGUCUGGAGUUUCUAGACUGCUAGGUUUCCGUCUCAUGUGCUAUUGGUUAAAACUGGCUAUAACAACAGGCUCCAGAAUACACAAACAGGCCACUGGUGAGUCUGAGUCUGUGAGUGUAGCCAGUUUUAGGGGACCACCCAUAGAUCAAGCCUUUUAGAAAACUUAAUCUCCCUGACACAGGUUUUUUUCCAUAUAAACGACUUUUGAUUACCCAGUUUAUAUACAAAAUACCACCAAUAUUGUUACAAGUUAAAUAAUUCAAUAAGAUAUAUAUGUAUAUUUUCAUAAUAUAUUUUCUGAAAUGUAAACAGACUCCCCAGACCCACCCCAACAAAAAAAAAAAAAAAAUA